AUGGCACAACCGUCAUCUUCUCAUCAUGAUGAGCAUCGCCGUCAUCGUAGCGAGCGUUCUUCGCAUCACCACCACAGAACCAUCUCUUCGACUACUCUUCUUCUCGUCCUUUCUCUCGUCUUAGCUUUGUUGGCUGUCUUACUCUCCUUCAACUCCAGCUCUCCGUUCAACACCCCCGAAGGUGGAGAACACGGUACUCAGUCGGGAGUCUGGGGUUACCUGACUCCUAAGCGGACAAAAGAACUCAUUGCCCGUGAGAGUAAUGUUGCUCUCCGUGAAGCCGAGGUUGCUCGGCGUGAGGCUGAGGUUCUUGCUGGUGCCCCCGGCGGCGUCAUCCCUACACCCUCACCUGUUCUUUGUCCCCCCUGUGUUGCUGCUACUACUGUUGAAACCAUCACCGGGCCUAUCCAAACCGUGAUCAAGGAGAUUGUCAAGGAAGACUCGCUCGCUCCCCCUGGGUGGGCCAGUCCUCGUAUAGACGAGAUCCUUGACCGGGAGCUCAAAAUUGCCGAAAGAGAAAGGGAAAUCGGCAAACGUGAAGAAACCAUCAAUCGUCGGGAGCAUGAUGCUGCUCGUCGUGAAAGCUGGAUCAUGGAGCAACUCAUUGCUCUUGGCAACGAUAAUCCGCAAACCGUUGAAGAGGAGCACAUCUAUGAACAACCCAUAGGAUCGAAGCGUAAAGUCAAGUAUAAGGAACUUCCCCCAUUGGUUAUUUCCCAAACCCAAGUUGAGACCCAUGUAAAGACCGUCACUGCGACGGAGACGAUUCAAGUUCCCCCGCCCUCGAGCAUACGCCAAGUUGCCACUCCUACCCCAGCUCCAAUAGACUCGCACUCUUCCACCGCCAUUCCCAGGACCACUGCAGUUGAAAUCAUUCAUGAAGAAGUGGAUGACGACGACGACGAUAUUGAGGAACGGGUCACCUAUGCUCGCAAGCAGCGCAGGCCGCCGUCGCGAUGGUUCGGUCUUAGGUAA